CAUGGCAAGCAUAAGGCCUGUUGUUCUUAGCGGUCCAAGUGGCAGUGGGAAAAGUACAUUGUUGAAAAAACUUAUGGAAGAAUAUCCUAAAUGUUUUGCUUUCAGCGUCUCACACACAACUCGAGAUCCCCGUCCAGGAGAAAAGCAUGGAACUCAUUAUUAUUACGUUUCAAGGGAAGAAAUGACUAAAAUGAUAUCGAAUAAUGAAUUCGUUGAACACGCUGAAUUUUCCAAUAAUUUAUAUGGAACAAGUAAGAUGGCUAUUGAAAAAGUUCAAGCUUCUGGCAGAAUAUGUAUGCUGGACAUAGAUAUGCAGGGUGUUAAAAAUAUCAAAAAAACCGACUUGAAUCCACUGUGCAUAUUCAUUCAACCUCCUAGUUUAGAAAAACUAGAACAAAGAUUGAGGGAUCGAAAGACAGACACUGAAGAAGCUAUCCAACGUAGACUUAAAAUAGCGAAUGGAGAGAUGGAAUAUUCAAAAACCCAAGGAGCCUACGAUCAUAUCGUUAUCAACGAUGAGUUGGAAAUAAGCUACCAAAAGUUGAAAGGGCUGUUGAUAAAGGUGAGUUCAAUUUGUUUCAAUUUGGAAUAG